UGAGUUGCACUAAAUCUUGCUCAGUGGCAGUCAGAUCUCAAGAGUGGAGCCAUUAAGAGCUCGAGCAGAAGCCUGAUCAAUGGCCCGUGUGUGCGCUGACAGCCUGUGUUCCUUCCCUCUGUUUGGCUGGAUGACUUGAAAUCGGUGGGGCUGCAUGUUAAUCCACUCGGUCUCUCUCGAUGAACAAGAGAGCUCUUCCAUGCAUACGAAUUUGGAAGCGUGCCAAAAUGUGAGACCUGCAGAAUGAAGACUCUAAAUAAAGGCGCCCUGCCGUUAGAAUGGCCACCUACACACUGUAAAACCGGAGGGUGUCUGAGGAUGUCGGUGCAGCUGAUGGAGCAGAUGGUUCUGGCCUGACAGCGGCAAGUGUGCGAUGGGUGGAAGGAGUGUAUUGCCACUGAGGACCAGCCCAGCACCCGGUCCAAUCCAGCCUUGACUACACCUUCUGCAAGUUUGAGAAGAACUUGGUGAUGGGACAUUUGGAGCAUUGAUGACAACUGGAGCCUCAAAACUUAAACUUCAAGAACGGAUUCACCAUUGACUGAUUUUGCCGCGGAAAGGGAGCUGCUUCACCCGGUGACUAGUUACGGGCCCCUCGUUCCCGCUCAAGGUCGAAUGAUUGAUGCUGACAGCCGGCCCGGGUUCAGAGAGCCUGCUGAAGAGUUCUGCAAGGCCCUAAGAGAUACCCAGUCGUCCAGGAGCACUUCCACUGGGAGGCUGGAAUCCAGUAAAAAAUGCAAUUUAAGGGGCAGAAGAUGAGAAGAAAAAGAGCGGAAGCAACACACAAGCUGGGGAGGAUCUACACAACUCGCUGCACCAGUAACGUCCACGAGAAGCAUCACAGGCAUGUGUCAGAAAGGGGUUUUGGUUUUCCUGUUCUUCUCAGUAUGUGGUGUAACGGCGUACAUCCCUCAUCGCUAUCACUUUGUGAACGAGAAUAAAACCUGGAGUGAAGCUCAGACUUACUGUCGAGAUAAUUACACUGAUCUGGCAACCAUCAGCAACAUGGACGAGAUGAAGAAGCUGAAUAUCACACUGAAGAAGGAACCUGCAACGCUAGCGUGGAUCGGUCUAAAGAGCGAGAGCGUUGGGGAAUGGAAGUGGUCUCUGGCAGACCAAACUUUCUACAGAGACGGAGACACUUACAGGAACUGGAGUAGUGGAGAACCAAACAAUGCUAAGAAAAUUGAGUUCUGUGUUAUGAUGUCGAGAAAAGAUGGUUCCUGGUUAGAUGAAAAAUGUGAGGAUGGAUUGUGUUUUGUGUGUUAUGAUGGAAAGAAUACAAACUCUAGUAAAUACAUAUUGAUCAGUGAGUCAAAAAAGACCUGGUAUGAAGCUCAGACCUUCUGCAGAGAGAAAUACACCGACUUAGUCAGCGUGAGGAACCAAACUGAGAAUGAAGAGAUCUGGAGUCUGAUUAAAAGAUCAGUGAAUGAAAGUGUUUGGAUUGGUCUCUUUAAUGACUCCUGGAAGUGGUCAGAUCAGAGUAAAUCCUCAUUCAGAUACUGGAGCUCUGACAAACCCAGUGAUGAUUUGAAAUGUGCAGCAGUGAGUGGGUCUGAGCAACACUACUGGAGUGAUGUGAGCUGCACAGAAGAACACCCAUUCAUCUGCCAUGAGAAUAAACUGAUCCUGAUAAAGAUGAAUCUGACCUGGAAAGAAGCUCUGAGAUACUGCAGGAACCAUCAUCAUGACCUGGUCUCAGUGGACUCUGAAGAGAUGCAGCUCUGGGUGAAGGAAGUUGCUCGGAACGCCUCCACCGAACACGUGUGGCUCGGCCUGCGUCACACCUGCGCUCUGGGCUUCUGGUACUGGGUGACUGGAGAGAUGAUCUGCUACCAGGACUGGGCUCCGGGGAACAGGACAGGAACAGAAGACUGCAGCAAUGAAGAGAGAACCGGAGCAGUGCAGUCUGGAGGAACGAAGCAGCAGUGGGUCAGUCUGCCUCAGAGCAACACACUCAACUUCAUCUGCUCCACCUAUGAAGGUUAGUCAGUGUGGUGGUGUUCUGUAGUUAUUACACCAAUACAUUUACUCUACAUAUCAUCUAACACAUAUAACACACUGUAUACUUCAGCUAAUCCACAUCUAUUUUAACGAUCAGUUUAAUCUCCAUCUUCUUGUUUAUGCAAAUCUCUGAUCCUAUAUGAAUUUUCCAAGCGUAACUCUAAUAUUAUAUCUAUAAUAAAAUAAGGGGUUUUAGCAGAAUCGUGGUAAAAGGGUUUAGCUGUUUUGGUGUGUUUGAUGUUUGUUUAAUAAUAUUUUCAAGAUAAUCAGUGAUCAUUUUUGUGCAUAUUUACAUGAAUAAGACUAAAAAUAUAUACAAGAAAUCUAUGCAAUUUGAUAAAUACAUUUAUUUGAAUAAUUUUCUAUUGUUAAUCAGUAAUAAAACUGUGUAGUAGAUCAAUAAGCAAAAGUUGUUUGUCUUUGAUUUUUAAAUACUGAAUAUGGAGUGUAAUGAACUUUAAAUUUAUUUCUCAA